CAGCUUAUACUGCUUGCUCGUGGGAAUUCUCCUCUCGGAUGGUUAGUUUUUGUUUGUCCUUACCUUUUUGUUUCGGCUUCUGCUUUAUCUGCUGUAUUUCUGUCAGAAAUCAAGCACUGCUAUUGUUGAGUUCCCACUCCAAAAACUUUUGGAAAGAAUGUUUGUCAAGUUUUUAGAAUUGGCCCAGCAACGAACUGCGAUGUGCGAGCGAUAAGUACAUUGUUGAUUUUAAAACCUGCACCGAUCUGGGCCAUCAUGUGGCAGCGUACGAAAUUUGUUGAAUGUGCUGUUUGAGAUUCGCGUGUUGUGUUUGGAAUUGCCGAUUACGACAUCAUCACUAUCGCUGAAGAUUUUUUUCUGGUUUUAUUCCAUGUCUCACUACAAUGUCGAAUCGAAAGAAUCCGUGUACGAAGAUAAUCCGCGAUACUGCUAUACGAAUGAAGGACACGAAGGCGAUCCGGAUGGGAAUGGACAGAUUACUGUACAGUUUCAAACAGCAGAUGAACGCGCUCAUGGCCCGGAAACGUCUGCUGUUUCCACUACCAACAGAAACGAGCCAAAGCAUCCCGUUCACGGGUCCAGUGCAAAGUUCGUACCUGAUCAUCCAAUUCAGUUCCGCAUACGCGGUGUGGUGCGGUCAAUCUCAAGCAGAAAAUAUUCCACACUUACUACGUACAAAAUUCAGAUUGCCCACGCUGGAUACUAUUGGACCAUUUUCAGAAACUACGAACAGUUGCAUGCCGUUUUCCUGAAUUUAUACUUCGUUGACAUCGCGUUGCGUUUGAAAUAUGAACUAUUUAUCAAGACCCAUGGUGACCAGCGUGUUGGGGAAAUGGACAUCCCAGAAGGUUUUCCUGCUUUACCCCCGCGUCUGCGGACAGAUGCAACAGCUGACUCAGAAGCCGUACAUUUUGAACUGCUGGAGCGUUCCUUGAAUUUACUGUUCAAUGAUUCUUUUCGGAGAGAACAUGCAUCUUCGUUGCGCUUUUUGGAAGUCAGCAAAUACAGCUUCCACAGUAUUGCUGUUAACGAGGAGAAGAUUCGCGAAAUUGGUGUGGAGAGGCUGGUUUGUUUCUUGAAAGAUCAUUUGGGUAUAUCUUGCAACCAUGAUAAUGCCGCGUGCAGCAUCUUCUCUCACUGGAACAUGAGAUGGAUUGUCGUAUUGGAAACUUGUUAUUUUUAUGUUGAUCUCAAAAAUGAAUCCGGUGACAUGUCGUGCUUAUUCCUGUUUGACAAAAGUACCAAACCGGAGCGGCUGCACCAUCGACCUUUGGGUUUGAUCAUCAAACAUGCCAUGAAGGAUCUGACCCUCAAAUUUGACAACACAUCGGAACUUGAGAAUUGGUUAGCACAUUUCGAGCGCACCAUGGGCACUACUGCCCUACCAUUCGUAUCGAAACAACCGCAUGAUGCGUUUGCCCCGGUUCGGCAGGGGAUACCGUGCCACUGGUUCAUUAACGGUGCUACCUAUAUGUCUGCCGUAGCGGACGCUUUGGAAAGUGCGGAAAAGGAAAUCUUUAUUGGUGGAUGGUGGGUUAGUCCGGAAGUGUUUUUGAAACGACCCUGGGAAGAGAACGAGGAAUGGAGAUUAGACAGAAUAUUGAAAAGAAAAGCGGAUCAAGGAGUGAAAAUCUACAUCCUCGUGUAUAAGGAAAGUCGAAUCGCAUUGGGCAUCAACAGCUGGUACAGCAAGAAAAAAUUGAUGAAACUCAGUCCGAACAUCAUUGUGAAACGGCAUCCCGAUAAAAAUGUUGUUUUAUGGUCGCAUCAUGAAAAAACAGUUACUAUUGACCAAAAAAUAGUAUUUCUUGGAGGCAUCGAUCUGUGUUAUGGACGGUGGGAUACGCAUUUACAUCAUCUGAGUGAUUUGAGUCCAGCCAUGGUCCAGGAAAAUGAUAACAACAAAAGCUCAAAAAAGGGAAAAUCUGAAAAGCGGAAUCGUGGAUUGAUGUGUUCGAGAGCAGGACAGUUUAAGAACGCUCCCAUUCGAUCGCAUAACCAACGUCUGAAUACGAUGCGUUUGGUUCUCGCAAUUCCUUGGCGAUCUGCUAAGGCCAGAUUCUACCAUCCCAAGCAUAAAUUAAUGUCCAGAACGCGUUACAAUUCGAAGAUGCGUAAUCGAGAUUUCAAACGCCGCACCUCUGGGGCUUACAGGCGUGUAUUUGGAAGACGCGAUAACCACAAUGCAGCCAUUCCUCCCCAAAAAGGCUCCGACGAUCCGCCUCCGAACAUGCAUGGGUGUUGGUGGCUUGGGAAAGACUAUUGCAAUGAAGUGAAAAUGGCUUUUACCCAACCGAACGAUGGAAAACCGUAUGAAGAUGCGUUAGAUCGUUUUGCUGUACCGCGUUUACCAUGGCACGAUGCCGGCGUUGUAAUCUGUGGAGCGGCUGCCCAAGAUAUCGCCAGACAUUUUAUUCAAAAAUGGAACGUCUGUAAGCUUCAAAAGUUUCGUUUUGAUGAACAAGGCCCGUUUCUGAUGCCUAAGAAAUACUUCGAAGAUAGCGAUGCUGAUUUCCUCAAAAAUUUGCCAUGGGAAACUGUUUCCUGUUCCAUCCAAGCUAUCCGCAGCACCGCUUCAUGGUCAGGCGGACUCGCUCCAGAUAUUGUUGAGACUUCCAUUCAACAGUCCUACAUUGACUUGAUCCUGAAUGCAAAACACUUUGUGUAUAUUGAGAGUCAAUUUUUCAUAACAGCCGUUGGGCGUGGCAAGAAUGUAGUUGAGAACAAAAUCGGGGAUGCUCUGUUCAACAGAAUUCAGCGUGCUUUUCACAACAACGAAAAUUUCCGCGUUUUUGUCAUUAUUCCGUUGCAACCAGCCAUCGCCGGUCAGUAUGGAACCCGCGAAGGGUCCGCUGUUCAAGCUGUCACUCAUUUUAUCUACCAAAGUAUUUCUCGUGGAGAACAUUCGCUCCUAGAGAAACUGAAGCUUUUAGGUUGUGAUUUUUCUAAAUACAUCACAUUUUGUGGACUGCGUCAAUUUGGCAUGAUCGGAGAUAAUGUGGCAACGGAGAUUGUUUAUGUCCACAGCAAAAUGAUUAUUGUGGAUGAUCUGUAUACCAUUAUCGGCUCAGCCAAUCUCAACGACCGAUCAAUGCUGGGUUCUCGGGACAGUGAAAUUGGGAUACUAAUACAGGACGAAGAAUUCGAUCCGUCUGUUAUGGAUGGGCAACCUUACAUGUCCGGGAAAUUCUCCGGCCGCCUCCGGAAGCGCCUUAUGAAAAUUCACUUGGGCUUGGCAGAGGAUAUGGAUACUGGUCUGUCUCCCGAAGAAUCGGAUAAGCUCGUGGUUGACCCAGUGUCUGAAGAAUUUUUCCGUGGUUUGUGGAUUAAGACUGCCGUGGAUAACGACGCCAUCUACCAACAAGUAUUUGCUCCUGUGCCAACGGAUGAGGUUUUCACAUUCCACCAGCUGAACGAUUACAUGGAGGACAAGACGUUAUCGGAAACCGAUCCCGAAAGGGCAGCCGAGCUUUUGAAAGGCGUUCGGGGCUAUAUAGUGAAAUUUCCAUUGAAGUUUUUGAAGGAUUCGAGACUGAAACCAACAAUCGAUACCGCAGCUGGGUUAUUGCCACUGAUUAACUGGACGUGAUCCGGGAGGGUUAAUAGGCUCUCCCUUACCAGAGAUUAAUACCUCGUCCAUGGAUCUGUGAUCCAUUGCAUAGCCUUACCUGAUGAACAGCAGAUUGUGAUCGGAGAAGCGACAGCUUUCGGUGAUAUAUCUUUGCGCCCUUGCAUUUUAUUCGUGUAUAAUUUAAGGCAUUCCAUUUGUGUUUUCAUUUUAUGGUUUUAUAUUAUGUCUGUUAUAAGAGUAUAGCUUUGCAUCUUUAUUUGUUACGCUUUAUUUCAUUAAUGGACGUUAUGUGCUUUUAUAUUAACCGGCGAAAUUGAAGAGGAGAAUGCCGAAGAGUAAUUUGUUGUUCUCUGCUACGUCCAUGAAAAUUGCAGAUCGCCCAUUGUGUGUCAUUUUUUGGUCUGAAUAGCAGGAUUGCACUUGUAUUACUUCUGUUGAAAUCGUGGAUAUUUGCGAAUGAAAA